GCCUCCGGGCCGGGCGCAGCAGGUCUUGCUCCAAGUGCCUUGGGAGCCAUCUGUGCCCGCGCUGGCAGCUCUCCGCAUUCCUUCCAGCUGGUGCAGCUGCCUCUCCCGCCUCCCUUUCUGCAGCUUACGGACCCUGAGAUCUCGCGGCCGCGAGGAGUUGUGAUAGAGAGCGAAAGAACACGAUGGUCUGAGAGAUUGCAUUGCUUCCUGCUCUGAAGAGUGUUCUGAUAGAAGCAUUCUUCCCUAAAGAGACUAAAGUGGGUUCCAGGAUGUUGAAAGGGGAAUUCCCCAGUGCCCCAAAGGACUUGGAAGAGAUGCAGAAGAAGCUAUGUCUGCUGAUCGAGUCCUUCCAGGCUCACUCAAAGGUGGUCUCCUUUCUGAAGUCUCCGGUGGGCCAGUACCUGGAUAGGCACCCUUUCCUGGCCCUCACCUUGCUGGUGUUCGUCGCUGUGUCCGCCAUUCCCGUUGGAUUCUUCCUGUUCCUCGUGAUGCUCACCUCGCUGGCGGCUUUUGUGGGUGUCAUCCUGCUGGAAGGGCUGGUCAUCUCCGUGGGUGGCCUCUCAUUGCUCUGUGUCCUCUGUGGCUUGUGUUUCGUGUCCUUUGCCCUAUCGGGGACAGUCAUAGUGUCCUACGUGGUGACCUCCAGCCUCAUCAACUACUGGUUUUCUCCCAAACCUUGGUUACAACAGAAACCCGCUGACAACCGUCCGCCCGCGGAGAACUCCGGAGACUUAGACAAGAGCUACCGGGAGUGACCGCCAGAGGGAACCCGAGCUGCUCCCCGGGCACCCUGGCUGGCCCCUGGCUCUUUCCCAGCCCCUGCGGAGUCCGACCCUGAGUGGGGGCGGGGCAGCCACGCACCUCUGGGGAGCAUCCUUCCGCCUUGCUUCUGAGAUAACGCAGCGGCUGGUACCAGGAAUCGUCGGGCCUCCCUGGCGUGCAGAGUGAGAUCCAUGAUCUUGCCCCCCGUGGGUCUGUGCCCCAGGGGUGCUUUGGGGAGCAGCGAUGAACUGGUUUUCCCUCCUUUUAAUAAUAAAUUUGAAAUAGUAACAUGCUUUGGAAAUAAGAGAUGUGGGGCGUUAGAAGGCGAGAAUUUAAACUAGACGGCGCUAUAGGCAUUUUUAAAGACCAGCACUCUUUGGAAAUAAUGGCCUCAGACAAGGAACAACAUUAGAAGUCCAGACUUCUAAUUUUAUAGCCAGAAGCCUUUUUUCAAAAAACCAAAGAGUCUGAAAAUAUCAUUUCCACUGUUGAGUACUCUUAAGUACUGGUACUUUUAAAAAUAUUUGUACUUGAUACUUUUGUAUUGCUUUCAAGAGCCUGUCAAGCCACUGGACUAUGAAAAUGCUCCAUGGUUUGCGGGGAAAAAUGUAAUUUUAUGAGAUUUCUAUUCUAUUGGCUUAUUUGCUAUGGGAUUGUAUGAAAUAAAUUUUUAUUUAGAGGAACUUCCCCCCACACACACACACUUACUCUUCAUUUCUUCUUACCUCCCACCCUUUGACAUCAGAGCUGCCUUUUUCUUCUUUGUCAAUUUCAUGGUAAAUCGUGAGUAAUAUUAUUUUUAGUCGUUAGCGAUAAGCGUUAACUCAAAGUGGCUUCGAGGUGGGCUGAAGAGGAGGGGUGCAUCUUACUUAACUCAAAAACCAACGGCUGAACCCAAAGACUCAGUGAUAUCAUUGCAGAGUGUGAUAUUUCACUGUAUCACUGUCAUCCCAUUGUUCAUCAAUUUGCUCGAGCGGGCACCAGUAACAUCUCCAUUGUGAGACUUGUUACUGUUUUUGGCGUAUCAAAUACGCCACAGGUAGCUUGCCAGGCUCUGCUGUGCGGGCGGGAUACUCUCGGUAGCUUGCCGGGCUCUCCGAGAGGGACGGAGGAAUCGAACCCGGAUUGGCUGCAUGCAAGGCAAAUGCCCUACCCGCUGUGCUAUUGCUCUAGUCCUACAGGACACUCCACACUACAGGACUGGAGCAACAGUGACAUCAUUAGGGUUUUCUGAUUUUUGAUUUUUUUUUUUUUGGCAGACCUAUCCCACAGGCGGAUCCCAGAACUCCUAGUUUUUUUCAUUUUACACACUUGGUUUUGGUUUUGGGGUCACACCCAGCUGUGCUCAGGGCUUACUCCUGGCUCUGUGCACAGGGAUCACGUCUGGCAGGGCUUGGGGUGGUGCAGGGGGGUGGAACGCAGGUGGCAGGCCAGCCGUGUGCAAGGCAAGCACCUUCCCUGCUGUACUGUUUCUCCACGCACCCGGAGUCCGAGUCUUACCUCAGCUUUAUAGUGGCGACUUCCCACGGGGAAAGAAAGUUGCUCUUUUUUCAAUCAGACAACAGAUGUACUGGUUUGGGUUCUGGUGUGAACAGACUUAGGUCCUGUGAGCAAGAAGAAUGGAAUUUGCUGAUAGGACAAGGCCGGGACCUGUGCAUUUUUAAGAACCCCAGUGGGGAGAAGGGAAAGGAGGGCAGGUCAAGGCGACUCUUCCAUAUAAGGUAAGGAGGGAAAGGAAUUUCAGAAUUACAGGAAAAUGUGUUUGGGGAAGACAAAACCAAAUACUUGCAACUUGCUAUGGUUGACCAUGAAGGACUAUUUGACCCUGGAACUUUCAGCGUUAUCCCAUGCGAGUCGGCCGCAAUGUCACCAAGUGUGGCUUCACCUCUGUUCAAUAGCAAGAACUGCCUAUUUCUGGGGUUGGAGCAAUAGCACCAUGGGGAAGGUGUUUGCCUUGCAUGCAGCCAACCUG